AUGCCAAAUGACCCAAGAUCGAAAUAUGUUCCUGGCGUAGAAAUCCCUAAUCGACCAGCAGGGCAGAGACCUGCUACGGCUUCGCCUCCAGAUGUGAGUAACUUUACUAACAUAGUUUUGGGAAUGUUGAAUGGAUUUGUACCAAUGCUUCAUGGUUUUUCAAAUGCAAGUGGAUUUGGUGAUACACCAAGGUAUCAAUUUGGAAAUGCUGACUCUUUUCAUGGUACUAGCGACCACGUUUGUAGAGAAACCGGUCAAGCUCACCAGGCAAAUGACGGUUUGCAUGCCGAUAAAACUCUGAAGAAACUUUUGCUAUUUAUUUUUGUUCUUGCAGUGCUUGCUUUGUUUCUUUUGUAA